UGCUCCUCUCCUAUGCUUAGCCUUGCCACUCUUAGUUGUUGUUCCUGCAUUUUCCCACUCUAUGGAAAUUAUUGUGGGAUGAGAAUCUAAACAACAUAGUACCCGUUUCAGUGGGAGAUAUGAUCCUUGCGUCCUCUCUGAUCGGAAUUUCUGCUGUGUAUGCAUUCGUGUUCCUCCCAGAUGAGCACGUCAUAUUUACGCAGCUAUGUAAUUCAUAGCGGAAGCAAAGGUCAAAGGAUCAUAGAUCGCUGCUAACAUAGCUCCUGCCGGUGAUCCAAGAAAAGUUUAAUGGACGCAACUAGCUUUUUCAGGGAGAAGCCAUGUUAAUUUUGCAGAGCAAGCAAAGCGGAGGUGUGGGAGUGCGUGUAGAAGAACACCGCGAUAGUAUAAGUGCAUAACCAAAGGCUGAGCAGUGGUGUGCUGUGCUGGUGCUGCGCUGCGAGCUUGAGGCGGCCAAUCAAGCCACGAACGACGUAAACAACGCCAUGGCUGCGUCUCACUCUCACCUAGGCGGGAAACUCCUCAAAGUGGCGCCUACGCUUCUCCUCUUCUCCUUGGGAUUCGCGCUCGGCAUGGUCUCCAACUCCAAGUUCCCAAGCCUGUACCUCUCGUCCAUCUCGCGAUCGCCCUCUCCGGCGCCACCUCCGCCGGCGCCGGCACCGCCGCCGCUACCACCGCAAAACCCAGAAGUGGGGAUGGCACGGUUCCUGGAGCCGCGCAGCGUCACGCACAACAUGACCGACGAGGAGCUGCUGUGGUGGGCGUCCAUGACGCCCAAGGUCCGCAGCACGCCGUACCACCGCGCGCCCAAGGUCGCCUUCCUGUUCCUGGCGAGAGGGGACCUGCCGCUGCGGCCGCUGUGGGAGAAGUUCUUCGCCGGGCACCAAGGGCUGUACUCCAUCUACGUGCACACCGAUCCCUCCUACGCCGGCUCGCCGCCGGAGGACUCCGUCUUCUACGGCCGCAUGAUCCCAAGCCAGAAAACGAGGUGGGGAGACGUGAGCCUGGUGGCCGCGCAUCGCCGGCUGCUGGCGAACGCGCUCCUGGACGUCGGCAACGAGCGUUUCGCGCUGCUCUCCGAGUCGUGCAUCCCGCUCUACAACUUCACGGCCGUGUACGCCGUGCUCACCGGCACGGACACCAGCUUCGUGGACGCGGUCGUCACCCCGGCGCGCUACAGCGCCCUGUUCGCGGAGCGCAGCAACAUCACGGCCGCGCAGUGGCGCAAGGGCGAGGCGUGGUUCGAGAUGGACCGCGCGCUGGCGCUGGAGGUCGUCUCCGACGCCACCUACUUCCCCACGUUCCGCGAGCGCUGCGCGGGGCAGCGGGCGUGCCUCAUGGACGAGCACUACGUGCCGACGCUGCUGAGCGUGCUGCGCUGGCCGCGCGGCGCCAACCGCUCGCUCACCUUCGUGGACUGGGACCGGAGGCGCCGGACGGGGUUCCACCCGCACACGCACCGCGGCGAGGAGGUGACGCCGGAGCUGGUCGAGGAGAUCAGGGGAGGCGCGCGCGCCGGCAGGAACUGCAGCGCGUACCACGACGGGGCCAGCGGCGUCUGCUACGUCUUCGCGCGCAAGUUCACGCCCGACACGCUCCAGCCGCUGCUCCGGUUGGCUCCCAGGGUCAUGGGGUUCGGCUGAGACGAUCGAGUUUGUAUAUUGCUGACUUCCUCUGGUUGCUUGAUCAGAUGUUUUGUGGAGCUUUUCUUACUGUACGGAGUGUCAUCUAUCAACACCAGUCAUCUUAACAUCGUGUGUAGCUGCAGAAAAAAACGAAGAAUCCAUCUCGUUUCUUACCAAAUAAAAUGCCGAAGGGCAAGAUGAUGACAGACGAUUUUGUUCCACAAACUAAAUAGGAAUAUACCUGCGUUGGAUCGA